CCAAACGCGCUAAAAGUGUUCUUUUAGGCAUCCUAUCUGUUUUCACCACGCCAUCACCUGUCCCCCUUCACCCUCUCCCGACCGUCGGUCUCCCCAAGCGGAUGACAUGGCGGCCACCAAGGGGUGUAUAAAUCUCUGCGGUGCAAAAUGUGCCCCGCAGAGGAUCCCGGCUCCCCUCCAAGGCGCAAAGUUUUGGGGCCGAUCGACUCCCUGCUUCCCAUCCUCCCCGAAUUCCUCUCUCCAACUAAUAAAGCCCUUCUCCGCCACGCACGGCGCCCGGCGGUCACUCCCACUCGGCGAGCCAUGGAGGUGGGUUUCUGCCCCUCGCGCUUCUCCCUGGAUGCGCGGAUACUCUCCUCUCCUCCCACCCACACUCGGGGCACGAGGGCCCGAUUCAAGGCCGCCCUCACCCCUUCUCCCGGAGCUUCUCCGAGAGCAUCCUCUCUUAGCAGCGCCUUUGUCGCUCCUUUUGUCGGAGGAAGCGUCUCCGGCGAGUUCUCCGGUCAGAAGUUGUGGAUCCCCUAUUUAAGCUCGUGUCCAUCCGGCCGCCGAGGCAAGAGGGGCGUCGUUCCCAUGGUUGUCCCUUCUUGAGAGGAAGUGCGUGGGAGCAACCACCUCCAGAUCUAGCAUCUUACUUGUCCAGAAACCGAAUCGUAUACUUGGGUAUGUCUCUUGUUCCAUCAGUGACAGAGCUGAUGCUAGCAGAAUUCCUUUAUCUUCAAUAUGAGGACGCAGAAAAGCCAAUUUACCUAUAUAUAAAUUCCACUGGCACAAGGAAGGUCUUUUUCUUUUCCUCUUCUUUAUCAGUAUACCUAUUAAGUAGUUCACUUUGAUAAUCAGAAAGCUUUAUUCAUUUCACAUUCUAAAUCUUUCAACGGAGACUCUUACAUUGAUCAUAUCUUAUAUGACACAUUAGAAAUUGCUGUUAUCAGAUAUAUGAGUAGUGUGUGUGUGUAUGUUCAUUGUUUAGUAGAUAUAAGUGUUACAAAAUUCACUGAACUUGCUUUAGGAACUGUAGUAUACCUAGUGCCAUGUGAAACUUAGUUUCAGAAUUUGUACUUGGAGACACUGCAGUUUAAUUGUGCAAAAUGUUAUAUAUAAGUUGGUGAAAUUGUAAAUAUCCUGCAUUCAGAAAUUGUUUCUUUUCCUGCUCCAAACAUUAGUUGUAACAUCAGUAUGGACUAUUGAGCACAAGCUAUUAAAGAGGAGAUGGGGCUUGCUACACUUCUAUACCCUUGUCCCCUACUUUUGGAACCUAGAAACUAAUACCCCUGCAGUAGCUGCUUUGAGAUUUCAUCCAAUUGUUUUUAUUGUGACGGUGCAGUGUUGACAUGAUUUAGAUUUCAGAAUUAGAGUAAUGUUGAAAUGAUAUACGUGUAACUUUUAUUUAAUUGAUGGAAGACUGAGGCUAUUUGAAAAUAUCAAGCAAUCAGUUAAUGGCUUAACUUGCAGAGGUGGCCAUUGCUUUUUAGCUGUGUCAUAAUGGACUGAUUAUAUAUUCAUGCUUAUAUCAUGUUUCUUCUCCCUGUUGCUGGUCUAUGCUGUUGAAGGAAUACUGUUCAACCUCCGCACCUUAAGUUUUCAGAUAAGACAGCCUAAUGUUCUGUCAUCAUUAUUUGCAUUUUAUCCCUAAUAAAAUGUUUCCGAUUUAGGUAAAUUUUUUGGUGAUGGGUAAUAUAUUAAGUGUAGGACCAAAUCAAGUUGUCUAGAUGAGUUUUUGGUUUACAUACUUCGUAUUACCAUUCUGUUAUGCUGUCAUUUCUUAGAUUUCCUAUCUAGCUGCAGAGGGCACUUGUAGGCUGGCUGCACUGUAAGGCUACAGCCACUAGCAAAGUUAGCUGGUUGACAGGCCUUUUGGUACAUAUGGCAUAAUCUAAACUGUAGAAGGGAGGAGAGAGGAUAUUGUGUUUCAAGGGAAAAUCUCCCAUCCCUCAUAGCUGAUGAUUCUCUGGUUCUUUCAUUAACAAUUUUAUUUACUUUCCACCCAGAUAGACUUGGUCCCAGAAUGCUUGUGCAGCCAUUUGAUACUUUCUCAAAGGCCUAACAAAGACCACAGAAUUCUGACGGUAUCCCUAGCAGUCAACUGUAUCUGACCAGUCAAAUUUCUGAUAAUCCAAAUCAAAUUUAGCCUACCUGAGGAUGGUCUAUCAUCUAAAAAAAAAAUCUUGUUAUAAUCGAGGCUGUUGGGAAAAUCCCAUCCAGCUCAUAUCUGCAAUCACUCUAAUAGUUUCAGCAUCCUUGUUUCUGUGAAAUUCCACGAGAAAACUAAUGUAUGUAUCGUCUCAUCAUAGAAUUGCUUCUUCGCUCACAAAUAAUUAAUAUAUAAUACAAUCUCAUUUUUCUUCUAAUGGCAUGACAGUUGUAAUCUUGCUCAAGAAACUGGUGUUAUGCCUGUUCCUGUUUGCGAAAAAGAUAUGACUUGCAAGAUGCCCGUAGCCAUUCUUUACGGGGUGGUGAUUUGAAGAAAAAAAAUAUGCGUAAAUUAGAGUAAUAUUUUUGGGCUAUUGUUAAAUUAUUUACUAUUUUUCUUACGUCGUAUAUGCAUAUUUUAAUUGGAUUAUGAUACAUCUAUUAUUUUAUUAAAAAAAAUUAGAUGUAUAUCAGUUUUGAACUCUCAAUCAAACUAUGUUCUGAACCCUGUCAGUUGGGGGUUAUGCAUUGGCACUCUGCCUAUUAUUGAUUCUGGCCCACCGCAGGAUAUAAAUGCGGUAUUCUGCCUCACUCCACAGAAUAUGAGUGUUGUAUUCUAGCCCACUCCGUAGGGUAUAAGUGUGGUUCUAUCUCUCUAUAGUUUUUUAGCUUAUGUACAAGAUGGACAUGUAGAUCAAAUAUCCAAACCAACAAUUAUUUAGAUUUCAAUAAGUCAUCUGCCAAUAUCUUUGUAAGCCCGUAGAAAGAGUGAGUAAUGCAACAAAAGAGAAGGUGAAGAAAAAUCGGUGCAAUGGAAAUUUUUUUUUGAGAUCCUCAUUCUUGGUUUUCUGAAAUAAUAGACUGCAAUAGAAAAAUAGAUUACAUUAUCCUGUGGAUUUAGGGUCUACUUGAUGGUUCUUGGGCCAGCUUAAGCCCAUUUCCAACUCUACUAAUAAAUGAAUCUCUCCAUUAGCUUAUAACGUCGUUAGCUUAGCCUCGCGGUAUCUCACAUGGUGAAACUAUCGUUACCUCGGGGUAGUUUUCCUUUAAUUGUUAUCACAGUUUGUUUUUUUAUCAAAACUCAUGUUAUUUUUCAAAUUUGUUUUACAAGUGACCAUGGUUCUUUACGAGAUUCUUAGAUUAUAUACCGGAAGAUUAUGUUUAUACAAAAAGUUUACAAGGAAAUAAAACCAGGAAGUCUUACCUUUCACCGAAGUGCAGCUUAUGUUAUCUGUACUUUUAUACACCAUGAUGUGGAAUUUUUGGGUUGAAAAUACCGUCUAAUUCAAUCUCGAGAUGUUUCUGAAGCAGUUUCCAAGGCAUCGAAAAUUCAAAGCGCGGAAGCUAAGAUGGAUUUGGCUACAAUUCUUCAACAUUUCUUUUUUAAGCUUUCAGCAUCCUAUGCCAUGCUCCAUACCCCACUGAUGGUGUUCAGACCAUUCUACAUUAGCUUUUGGAUCAUGCUGGGAUCAAGAUACAAAUACUAAUCUAAAUAUCACCGUCCAUACCACUGCAAUAUUAUCCGAGUAGUUGGACGGAUAAAUUUUUUUUAUUAUCUCCUGAUUAAAAAUUACUAUAAUUAUUUUGUUGCUAUGCUCUCUACAGAUUGAACCUAGCAUAGAACCACGUAUAAUGCAGAAUGAAGAACUCCAAAAUAGAAGACUGAAAUUGUAGCUCAAUUUCGAUUUAUAUAUUGAAAUGUGGCAAUGCUUUUCUAAACAUACAAAUAAAUUGUAGACUCGUGCCCGUACAUAAUGUAGGACAAGCAACAUAGAGCUGAAAAGAUUUAGCGAUUAUAACUAUAACUUAAUGGUGAUUUUCUUUCUAUUUUAUUUUUCAUCAUGUUUAUUUUUUUUAAUGAAAAGUUAGCUAGAUGAUUAGAAUAUUUUAGUAAAAUUCAAAGAUCGUAAUUGUUUAUGAACAAAAAAUUUAUGCAUGCAUAUAAACCUGUCCGAGAUGUCCUCGAGGACGAGGUUCCCAUAAACCUUUCUUUUUUAAGGUAAAGAUGGGAAAAGUGAGAAACUUCCCUCAAAAUUUUGUGGAGACAAAGUUGGUUAGGUCCCAUAAACGCUUCACCACUGAGCUGCAUCCCUGUUUCACAGAUCACGGCCAUUCAAUUUUAAACUAACGGGUCAAUCUUUUGUUGUUUUCAAUGUUACAACUUGGCCCUCAAAUAUUAUAAUACUUACUGAAGAUGCCCUCUCUUUAGUGACAUUAGCUCGACAGGACAGGCCGUGAAGGCCCGGCAUCGGAAGAGCUCGGAAGAUGCCCACAGCGUACUCGACCGCUGGCCCCGCGGUAGCAACAAAGAGGAGGUCAAGGUCUCCGUAAAAUAACCCACCCCUACCUAAUGAAAGCGGCACCACUCGACCGCUGGCCCCGUGGUCGCAACGUAGGAAGACUCGGGCCACGAGAGGAGGUCAAGGUCUCCGUAAAAUAACCCACCCCACGUUAUAUAAACGACAAACAAAAGGGACUGUGUUUCUUACGGUGACAAGUGGCACCACUCACAGCUGGGGUCAAGGUCUCCCCCGUGCCCACCUUUCAGGAAACCCCCCUCGAGAGGCCGUGUUUCUUACGGCGAGAUCGCAAAACGUGCGGUACACGUUGGUGGUGUGGCCCCCACGAAACUUCCCGCUCUCCUUCGUUGCGGGCCCCAGCUGGACAUCUAUGCAUCUCUUCAGUCCGUCGGGCGAAGGUAGAGUAGAUCAGCUGCUAGAGUAAUGGCAACCCGCUUUAAUGUAAAUUAUUUGCAAAUAGAUAUAUUUAUGUGGCAAUAAUUGUGCGUUGUAGUUGUUGGACCCAGAUCAUUUAGGUUUAAAAAAUAAAUUGUCUAAUGAUUAGCGUUAAAUAAUUGGUAUUAACAAAUUGGGAAAUGAGAUAGGAGAUGUCCAAACUUAGCAGUCAAAAUGGAAAGUGAAUAUUUUGAAGCUGCGUAAAAUAACAAAUGCCUAGUUGAAAAAUAAAAAGAUAUUAAAAAUAUACCCUUGGAGUCAACUCAAUUAUUUAGAAUCAAGUUCUCUGUAUUAUUAUUAAUACUACCCGGUAGCCAUACUUAGAGCAACAAUUAGGCAUACACAACACAUGGAUACCAGAUUGCUCGAUGCAGCGGUGUCCGGCAAUGUUGCCGUCCUUAAUCAGUUGGUUAGAGAAAGUCCCAAAAUCCUUCUUGGCAAAACUCCACUAAAUAACACAGCCCUUCACUUUGCGGUGAUAUAUGAGCACGAGCAAUUUGCAAAAGAGCUCUGUCUGAGCAGCCCACCCCUCCUUUUGGCCACAAACUCAAAUGGAGAGACUCCAUUGCACAUCGCUGCUAUGGCUGGUCAUCACUCUAUGGCCACUUUUUUUAUUCAGGUUGCAACGCAGGUGCUUCGUAGUGGCGGCGAUAUAGAGGGAGGCGACCCUCUAAAACAGAUGAUGAUGACAACGGAUAAGAAGGGAAACACUGCUCUGCACCAUGCCUUGCGGCAUGGCCACAGCAGCUUAGCGCUGGAGCUGCUGCAGGCGGAGCCCAAGCAGUCAGAAUUGAUUGACAGCAACCAUGAGUCGCCAAUGUACAUUGCAGCCUAUAGAGGUUUAGCUGAUGCUGUCACAGCAUUGGUGCAAAUUCCUUCAUCUAAUCAUGGAGGCUACUAUGGCCACACUGCUCUGCAUGCUGCUACUAUUUCCGAGCAUUCAAGCAUAGUGGAAACAUUGUUGAGAGAGAGGCCAGAGCUCGCCAAAGCUCAGAACGACCAUGGGACUAUCGCACUCGUUCACGCAGCAGUGGGCAAUAAACUGGAGAUGUUGCGGUUGCAUCUAAGGUUUGAUCCCUCUCUUGCAUACGUGAUGAAUCAACAGUUCUCGGCCUUUCAUUAUGCUGCUCGGCUAGGCUAUGUACGCAUAGCCGAAGAGCUCAUUCGCCACUGCCCAGACUCUGGUUUUUUAGUUGAUAGACAGGGCCGGAAUGCGCUUCAUGCGGCGAUACUUGAAGGGCAGGUGGAUUUUGUUAAGUACAUCCUAAAGACACCUGCGCUUCAUGGAUUGCUCAACCAGCCAGAUGACGACGGGAGCACUCCCUUGCAUUUGGCUGCGGAGACUUGCAAUCCGGAAAUACUUCGAGCUUUGUUGGCUAAUGAAAGGGUGGACCGUGCGGCCUUGAAGGGGAGAUUUAGUGCUCUCGACAUCUUCUUUGAUCGAGUGGAACCUGCAAAAACUUUGAAAUGGAAUGAGGCGUAUACGCUGUUGCUUCAUGCCACCAUCCCCGGCCUGGCUACAGGUGACAUAUGGCAUACGGCCGAAAAAAGAAUAGCCCGGGAAGCAAUCUGUCAGAUCCAAUCGCUAACUCAAAGAUACACCCAGAACACCUCGUUGACGGCCAUCCUCAUUGCCACGGUCACCUUCGCCGCGGCCUUCACGAUGCCUGGAGGGUUUAGCAGCGACGAGGGCCCUGACGAAGGCUUGCCAAUUCUAGCAAAGAAAGCAGCCUUUAAGGCGUUCUUGAUAUCGGACACCAUUGCUAUGGUCGCCUCACUCGCCGUUUCUUUUCUUUGUAUAUUUGCAGGAUGGGAAGACAUCGACUUCUUGCUCCACUACAGAGCAUCCACAAGGAAGCUGUUGUGGUGUGCAAUUGCGGCCAUGUCUGUGGCAUUUGCAUCCGCGAUGUUCGCAGUGCUUGCACCAGGAAACUUGUGGCUUGCUAUCCUUAUUUCUUUGCCGUGUUGUGCCCUUCCCUUCCUCACCUAUAUCUUGGCUAUGUGGCCGCUCUGCAAGCUCCGUCUUCGUUAUGGUGGGACGUUUCGCCCGGAUCUCCUCGAACAGGUCUAGCUAUCGAGAAUAGCUUGUACUGAAUUCGAUAUUUAUCAAGUUAGACUUGAAACUAAAUUUAGUUUUAAGUUAUCGUAACGAUUUUUUUUUUCUUCUAUUUAUCUUGUCCUGCAAAUUAUUCAAAAGAAUCAAUAGACUAACAAGCCGCUCGCCAUCUUUUCAUUC